GUUUGUGUGUGGGUUGCCUUUCCUCAACUUCUCCUGUCUCCGAAGGGAAGAGCUUUCCGCGCGUUCUCCCCUUGUCUUGACUUUUUGCAAAUUUUGGCCUCCAGAGUAAUGGGGCAUAAUGCCUCCCAAAAAGCAUAUAAAAAACAGCCUCCCAGAUCCUCUUCAAGAAGGAAUAAUAUUGACGGAUACCCAAAAACGGAAAUGGAGGUUGGGUCCUAUGAUUGCUUAUGGAGGAUUUGGCUUGGUCUAUCUAGUCAAAAAAUGGAUGAAGAUGAAACAACUAACAUUUUUAGGCAUUCCUGUUUUCUUUGGAUCAGGCCAAAUCAAACAUCUUGGUAAAAGUUACAGAUUUAUGGUGAUGGAAAGAUUAGGAGAAGAUCUUCAAACUGUCUUUGAAAGAGAAGGGAGAAAAUUUGACAAGGAAACUGUUCUGCAGAUUGGGAUGCAGGUGCUAGAUGUCUUGGAAUAUAUUCAUGAAAAUGAAUAUGUGCAUGGGGAUAUUAAAGCAGCAAAUUUACUUUUGGACUACAAAAAUUCAUAUGAGGUUUAUCUUGCUGAUUAUGGACUCGCCUACAGAUAUUGUCCCAGUGGGAACCACAAAGAAUAUCAGGAAAAUCCUAAAAGGAGCCAUAAUGGUACAAUAGAAUUUACCAGCAUAGAUGCACACAAGGGAGUAGCACCAUCCCGAAGAGGGGACCUUGAAACCUUGGGCUACUGUAUGUUGCAGUGGAUCUGUGGAAGUCUACCCUGGGAGCAGAAUUUGAAGCAUCCCGAGGCUGUGCAAGCUGCAAAAACAAAGCUUCUUGAUGAACUGCCUGAUUCAGUAACAAGGUGGGCUCCUGCAGGAGAAAACUGUGGUGAAAUAGCCAGAUUUUUAAAAAAUGUAUCCAAUUUAACAUAUGAUGGAAAACCCCAAUAUGAAAUAUUGAGGAAAAUCCUUUUGAAUGGCCUGGAACAAAAAGGAAUUUGUUACAUGGAGACGCUGGAUUUACCCUCUGUUCAAACCUCUCUAAAUGAAUGCACAAUUCACCCCAGGAAAGCUCAUUUGCUGAUGCCGACACGGAAGCAAGUUAAAGGACAAGAAAGCCAACUAGAGAACAAGGAAUCUUUUAAUCUUAGAAAAGCCACUGCACAAAUGAAAAGUAGCCAAAUACAAGAUAAGCCAGUACUCGUUAGAUUGAAUAAGUUUACUCAAGCUUCAGUGGUGAGUUUGUUAUGUUGCAUUAAAUUGUUUGCUAAAACCUUGUUUUUUUCCAUUUUUUACUUUUUUCUUGAAGAACAUGAAGUACAGAUGAUAAAUGGAAAUAAUGUAUUUGUCCUGAAAUACAUACUUUCAAUAAAUAUGAAAGUAUUGCUAGCAAUUACUAUCAAACAAAUAAUAUGCCUAAUGCUCCAAAUAGAUGUUACCAGGGCUAACAAGCCACUAAGAACAAAUAUUCUCCACACUUUAUAAAAGUUGACAUGUUAGUUUUCUAGUAUAUGAUUAUUCACAAACUGCUUGCUUCAGACAAAUUUCAGUCUUGUUGAAGUGGAAUAUUGUAACCCCUAGCCACAGUUGGCAGCAAAACAUACUUAAAAAAAGACUCUUCACAUACAUCUUUUUGAUCAUUCCACUUCAUUAUUUUUUUAAAGAAAAUCAAUGAUGUAGUUACUAUUUUUAGUUAGCUUUGGUAAUAUAAGGGAAGAACAAAGGGUAAAAUACAACCUCUCUAGCAACAAAGUACUGAAAAUUUGCUCUUGGACAAAUUGCCACUAGUAAUGUUUUUGCCUUCUUUUUCAGGACUAUGUAAAAUCAUUGCCCUGGACAGAUUCCUGCAGUUCUUUCCAGAAUUUUGAAGAAAAUUGUAGAGAAAAUGGAAUCACAUAUUCAGC